AGGGUCCUAUUAACAACACAAAGUGAUGAUUGGUGAGCUUUUGUACGAAAUGGUGGAAGAACUUGAGCCACGGUUUGCACCAAAAAUCACAGGAAUGAUUCUUGAACUGGACCAAGACAGGGUCUUUCAUCUGAUGGAAUCACCUGAAGCCCUCAAAGAAACUGUCAAAGAGGCAAUGAAGAUCUUAGCGGACUGGAUUCCGCAACAGAUGCAACUACUAGGGAAAGAAGAUGCUUGCAAGUUCCUAGCUUCCAUGCUUCCUGCUAAACUAUGAAAUGUUUUUUUGGUUUUUGUUUAUUAAUAUGAGAAACAAAAUGUGGCUUCAAGUUGAGUUUUAAUAAAUCUUUGUUUUCGUC